CGACCGCUGUAUUUAUCUUUGCGCCGCAUCGUUUGAGUGCCGCGCAUGUCAAAUGAGAGUAACCCGAGAGGCCCGCUAAGCUGUUUACAGUUUGCUGUCUUUGUUCCAACUAAUUGGUGGUUUUAGGACAACAAUGUGGGUUGAGCUGCUCACGCUGAAGUUUAACGGGACGAGAAAGCCGGCUGCCAGCUAAACCGUGUAGAAAAGAAGCCGGAUCAGUUAUCUGAAUGCAGCAAACAAAUCUAUAUAAUGUCAGGUAGGCCUAAUGACCUCCCACCGUUGUGGCAUUCGCCAGACUGGACCAGAGUUGGGAUCCCCAGGAAGUCGGGUUCUCCACGACGGUUCCCUACCACCAGUCAACCCCUACACCCGCUGCCUGCUGUCCCGCUGGAGGUCAGAGGAGCGGCGGAGGGGCCCGGAGCGCCAGAGACGUCCCGUCUGAGCCAGGUGGACCCCCGAGUCUCAUCGCUCCAGCGGAACAUCCAGUUCCUGCAGCAACAGCACCAGGAAACACUGGAGAAGCUCCACGCAGAAGUAGAAUACCUCAGAAAGGAGAAUAAAGAGCUGAAGUAUAAACUGAUUAUGGAGUCACACAAGACGAGCAGAAAAGGAAUGAGGCACAGUCUUGGAGACGCAAGACCUCCCACUCAAAGCAGAGGUGCCCACGUUGGACUCUACCUGGAAGAGCCGCUUGAGGACACGACGGUGCCGUUGCAAGACAGAGCGCUGAGCUCAAGAGAGGGGGACGAAGUUCCACGACCAGCGCGGCAAAACAACGCCGCUUACCUGACAGGGCAGCUAAUUACCUCCUUGCAGCCUCUAAGAAUCCACAGCAGUCCAUCCCGUCCGCCACGCGCUCCCACCCUGCAGGAGUGUGAGGUCAUCAUCCGGCAGCUGUUCAAUGCAAACAGCUUACAGUCUCAGGAAAUUGCGCGGGUGAAGGCGCUGCUGAGAGACAUAGUCCUGAGCAAGAAAAUCACAGCUGAGCACCACAUUUUAAGCAAAGCCUACCUUGUCGAUGGACCGUGCAAACCUGCAGAAGCAAAGAAAUUUCCCAAACUUGGUCUUCAGUCGUUUCAGGAGAAAAGGUCUGGACCCUCUUCCUCUGGUGUUGUCCUGCCUGCCCUGAAGCAGAGCCUCAGCUCCAACGUUGCAAACAGACAGAGGAGGACCCGUGCAGUGCACAGAGACCACUUAAAGUGGUCUCUCCAUUGAUUGGUUUGGGAAGAUUACAAUGUGGGUGUAAUAAUGGUCCAAAACUUCAGGACUUGAGGCUUUUACUUAUUUAAAACACGGGCAAUGAUACAUUAUAAGAAAUAUUCUAUUAUACUGAAAGAUGAAUAUGGUAUAUGUUUGAAACUCUAGCUUUUGUUAUCACUAAAUGAUGUCUCAGUUCUUCACAAUAAACCAUCUCAGUGGACCAACAGCUUAUAUUGCAGGGCCUCUGUAAGUGGACCACAGUCUUCAGUAAUACACCAGUGUUGUUCAAACUAAAACAUGUCAACAUGUAAACUGGUAAAAAUAAAUAAAC